UGAUGGGCCUAGAUUUACUGCAGCCAACGAACUGCACCACGCGCAACUUCAUACAAUACAUGAAGACGAAUAUGAUGUGCAGCUACAACAGGAACAGAUUGAACAGGACGAGUGGCAACGAAAGGCAAACAAUUCAGAAGCAGACAGAGUCGAAGCACCGUUCACCCCGCCGCAAGAAAUUGCUGAGCCGCCUCCUUUUUUUUCCUCGUCUUC